AUGGAGCGUAACGAGAAUCGUGUGGGUCGCUGGUACUUUGGCGGGCUUGCUGGUGCCGGCGGGGCCAUGGUUACGCAUCCACUCGACUUGAUCAAGGUCCAUCUUCAGACCCAGCAGACGAAAAUCGCGCUGCCGACGCUGGUCAAGCAGGUCUACCGUUCAGAUGGAAUUUCCGGCUUCUACAACGGGUUGACAGCCUCGGUGUUGAGACAGAUGACAUAUUCGUUGAGUCGGUUUGCGGUCUACGAAGGAGUCAAGAAGCAGGUGGAUGAUGGAAAAGGACCCAUGCCGUUUUAUCAGAAGGUCGCAUUGGCCGGAUUCUCAGGUAAAUAUUUUUCUUAUUUUGUCUUCUUCAAUUUUAGGCGAAAAGAAGUGGUAUUGACGACAAAAAAGACGAUUUUUUAUAUUAUCCAUCAUGGUUAAUAUCCGAAUUUGAAUAUAACGCUCCGAAAAAGGCCUCAAUUUGCCUGAAAUUUUUCUACAGACUCAAAUAAACCUCUCUUCAGGUGCCAUCGGUGGAUUCGUCGGUCAACCUGCAGAUUUGGUCAACGUACGAAUGCAGAACGACAUGAAGUUACCAGCUGCCGAAAGAAGAAAUUAUAAGCACGCAUUCGACGGGAUCUAUAGAAUCCACACCGAAGAAGGCUUCAAAGUCCUAUUUAAUGGUGUGACAAUGUGUGUGGCGCGAGCUGUGUUGAUGACAAUCGGACAAUUGUCUUUUUAUGAUCAGGUAGGUAAAAUAAGGUCAAAAUUGUUGAUUUUAAAAGAUUUUAGGGAGGGAGAUGGAUUUCUAUCGGAAGAUAAUGGACUUUUCUUUGAUUCAGAUGCAUUUGACUCCUAGUUUUUUGCUGAUUUUAUGACUAAACUUCAAAUUUUGUCAAGUGUAAUAUAAUUUUUUUGAAAAAAUGAGAUUUUCGAUAAAAUUUUUUCAAUUUUCAGGUGAAACAAGUUCUCAUGGCCAAGUUCAAUGCUCCUGACACGGUCUACACACAUUUGUUCUCGUCCUUCUUGGCAGCAUCGGCCGCUACAGUCCUCACUCAGCCGAUGGAUGUCCUCAAGACGCGAAUGAUGAACGCCAAGCCGGGCGAGUUCAAAGGGCCCGUGGAUUGUUUCAUUUUCACCGCCAAGACCGGUCCCACCGCUUUCUACAAGGGAUUUGUACCAGCAUUCGUUCGUCUUGCCCCUCACACGAUCUUGAUGUUGGUGUUCUUCGAGCAGCUCCGAUUGCGGUUCGGAUAUCUGCCGGAGAAGAAGGAUUAG